AUGUCAACCUUUACAGACGACAAAGCCCCAAUAUGCAUCCCCUUCAUCACCGAACACCUCCAAACGCACCUCUCCAAAUCCCCCAACCGCCCUCUCAUCAUCGGCCUCAACGGCAUGCAAGGCGUCGGCAAAACAACCCUCGUAGCACCCCUAGCAGCCGCCCUCAAAAACAACAACAUCCACACCCUUGUCUUCAGCAUCGAUGACUUCUAUCUCCCGCACGACGAACAAGUCAAGCUAGCCAGCUCUCAUCCCGAAAACGCACUUGUCCAGCAUCGCGGAGAGCCAGGAACACACGAUAUCCCGCUUGUGAAAUCUGUAUUCGACGCUCUUCUGAAUAACAGCCCGACUUACAUCCCCGUCUAUGACAAGGCUCUCUUCUCGGGACAGGGUGACCGCCUCCCAGCGUCGGAGUGGACGCCCGUUAAUCAGGAUGGCCAACCGGCGGUGCAAGUUGUAAUUUUUGAAGGCUGGUCCGUUGGGUUUCGGCCGAUUUCGACGGCGGAGGUAGAAGAGAAGUGGAAGGCUCCUAGUCGGACGUUGCAUAAGCAUAAGUUGGAGCACUUACAGUUUAUUAACGAAAAGUUGAGGGAGUAUGAUGACGUUACGGAUUUAUUUGAUGCGUUUGUACAUAUUGAUUCUGAGGAUGCAGAGUACGUGUAUGCCUGGAGACAGGAACAGGAGGACUGGCUACGGGUGACUCGGGGCGACCCCAACGCUGGGAUGACGCCUGAACAGGUCGUCAGGUUUGUGGAUGGGUAUUAUCCUGCGUAUGAGUUGUAUACGAGUGGUAUGCGGAGUGGCGUAUUCAAGGAUAGACCGGGGUGUCAGCUGCGCAUGAUUGUAGGGCGGGAUAGAAAGGUCAAGGAAGUGGUUCGCAUAUAG